AUGCCUCCACGAAGAAAAGCAGCAGCGGCUCCCACAGCCGAGCCCACAGCCGAGCCCACUCCAUCUUCUUCGGAGACUACUACCACCUCCCCUCCCUCCUCUACCGACUGGUACCUCCUCCACGCACGCAUGCUCGAGAUCAACGACCCCCAAAUCUGGCGCCAGAUCCUCGUUCCGCCAGACAUCACCGCCCAAGAUCUGCGGUGGCUCAUGACGGCGGCGUUUGGCUGGGCGGGGGGACACAUGUGCAUGUGGACGGUGCGCAAGGUGACUAGCAUCGAGGGCAAGUCAGAGCCGCUGGUAACCGAGAUCAACCCGGAGGGAUUUGCGAUCCCCAUGGCGGCGUUCGGGUAUGGGGAUGCCAACCAGGAUCCAGACGCGGACUUUUCGGCGUUCGAUGAGGACGGCAACUCCAACCAUGGACUCAAAGACAAGCAGACCCUCGCCGAGCUCGACAAGCAAUACGACUUUACCAAUAACAAACACCUCCUCCAUUGGGAGUACGACAUGGGGGAUAGCUGGGAGCAUAUCAUCAUGGUGGAGAAGAGGAUGUCGGAGGCAGAGGUGCGCGAGAGCGGGGCGCUGGCGGGUGGGGCGAAGAAGGGAGUCAAGCGGACCAGUACGGGCAAGGAGAAGGAGGCAGAGAAGGCGGAAAUCAAGUUGACACCGAAGAUCCUGGAGGGGAAGGGUCAUGGAGUCGCCGAGGAUGCGGGAUCGUAUCCGGGCUGGGACGAUCUGAAGGAUGCGUACAAGGCCAAGGGGACAAUGAAGGACAACGAGGAGUACGAGAGCCGGAGGGACUGGUACGAGGACAGCUGUGGGAAUGGGGAUCCCAAGGGACUGAAGGGGAAGAAACGUUUGGAGCACUUUGACGUUAAUGAGGCGAAUGCGGCUUGGACGAUGUACAAGGAGACUUGGAUCAGAUGA